UGAAUCACUACACAUCCAUAUAUUUGCGCGUAGUGAAAAGGCCUAUGCAGCUGAGCCAACAAAACCUUCCUUUAGCUUUGGCUUUGUUGAUAUUUUGUGAUCCGAAGACAAGACGUGUUUCCAAAUUGCUGUAGAAGUAUAGGCUCAAGCUACGGUAAAGAAGACCAACAGCAUGGAUGCUUAAAACAGCCGUCUAUUUGUCUGAGAAGAGGUGCUGAUGCUGAAGUACAUGUAAAGACCAAUCACACUUUGAUGAUGAUCAUACUGUAUCAAGUCUAAGAAAGCGGAAGGGCAGAUGUUGCAUCUUCUCCAGAGAAUCAAGGAACCUGAUUUUUCUGUCGCUGAUACCACUCCAAAGCCAGUGUUCACUGCAGUAUUGCAGCAAAUAGUAAUGCAACAAGAAAGAACCAUGAACAGCAGUUGUACAGUUCAAUACUGGUAGAUCUUUUCUUUUGUAAGAAUUUACCUAUACUGCUGGACAGGAUUUUUAAAAUUUAACCUUCUGUUACUUUGAAUGUUAGUUACUUCCAGAUUUGUAGAAUCAGUAUAUUAAUGCACCAAAUAACAAUCAAGUCUUUCCCUUUUUGAGCUUGUUAAUACAUGAUUAUUUGAUGUCCUGGGAAAAUGUUAGGAUACAGGAUGUGUUAGAGCUGUAGAUGUCUUGAGGGAGGAAAGAGGGCAUCUUGUCCUCAGGGCAGUGCAGUAGUUGAGCACCAGUCUUCCUUGAGAAUAACCAAUGCAAGUCUGAGACACAAUAGAAGUCAAAAUGGUUGGUCAACUGAGAUUCAAGCCGCACAUUGACCAUUGGGAAGGAGAUGAUGAAGUAACAUUUUAUGCUGCUAAUGUCCAAAGACCUUGUGAUUUGAGUGACCUAGCAGCCGCUUCCUCCUCCUCGUCAUCCUCCUCAAACUCUAGUUCUUCAGAUCUCUCUGGAAGUGGAGACGGCUUGCAGAACAGCAAUGCCGCCAAUGAGGUGUUGGAUGCUCUACGCUCCAGGUCAGAUUCGUGUACUUUCUCUGAGAGUAAAGAUGUGAAGGUGCACCCCUUCAUGCUGAGGAUAGGCAAGAUCAUCUCCAACGUACCCUUCAGUGUGGGUACUCUUGUCACUGUAAGUGCAGUAUCUUUUCUCUUAGGGACACUGGCUGUUAUGGUUGUCAAACCCUCGCCUCAAUGGGACAAGUCACUCAACGCAUUUCAGAUUCCUAAUCAUUUGUCCACUCUCAAACGUGAGAUGCUUGAAUUAGCUCAGAAGGAUAACCACGUUCCGAAGAGACCUAAGCGAAGCACGUUUGAGCCUCCGGCUAGAUUAGGUGAAUUGGACUUGAAAGAUUCUACCAUCAAGGAAUAUGAAAUCGAUUUCAAGCACAUGAGCAAUGUCCACAAGAGACAUAUCAAGACAAAGCUGAGCUAUCGCAAAGAGGCAGGGGUCGACCUUCCAGAGAAUUCAUUCAAUCCCAUCCAUUCUGAUCAUCUCUUGAAUAUCAACAAGAAAUUAGUGCAUCGCAAUCAACAACUCAUCAAAGACAAUAACCAACUCGUGCAAAAGGAUAAAAAACUUCAAGUUAACAGUGCCAACCAAAACACAAACAGCGCAAAUAAACGCAGCUCAAGUGUAAGCAACUCCAACACUUUGAAAGAAGACACGCAGCGGCACAGCAUCAAGAGGCGUUCUGCAGGACUCGUGCCCCAGGCCCACUCCUGGCGUCUGCAGCUGGUCUACAUGGCAAAGGGGGAGGACAAGAACAUCUUCACACCUGAGCGACUUCAGACAAUCCAUGACAUUGAGAUGGACAUCAUGAAGCAGCCAGGCUUUACACGAUUCUGUUCCCGGUCUUCCCAUUCUAUUGAUGAUCCAGCAUUAGCCAGGUUUGGCCACUGUCUACCUCCAAACUCUCUCAUGACGUACUUCUUCCCCACUCAAGUUGGUGACAUGAUUCGCUAUGAUGGUAUGGGUACUGAGUUAGCAGAUAUCAAUGGUACACUUAAAAUGGCGAUGAAUCAUCAGACGUUCUACUGGUUUGUAGAUACACACAUGAACAGCACUACCCGCAGGUCAAAGUUCAUACGAACAGAGAUCUGGUUUGGACGACCUCAUGAUAAUAUGACAAGAUCGCAAGUGUAUGAGGAGUACAAAAAGUUUAUCUUUACUUACAUCAAACUCCUGGACACAAAGUCUACAGACAAAGUUGAUGUCCUGUACGGUGGUACAGAGAUCUUUGAUCAGGAAGUUUCGAUGACCAUCUACCAUGACAUCCUCCUCUCCAUCCCGACCUUUGUCGCCAUCUUUGUUCUCCUAUUUGUCUUCACAUCCUUCUCUCUCUGGCUGACGAUCUGUGGCCUUCUGAGUAUCAUAUACAGCUUCUGUCUGGCCUACUUCUGCUACCAUGUCUUCUUUGGUAUUGAGGCACUCGGCCUCCUCAACGUUGUCUCUGUGUUUGUGAUCAUUGGAAUAGGUGUAGAUGAUGUGUUUGUAUUUGUCAACACAUUUCGUCAAGCUGACUCCAUCAAAGACCCUGCCCUCAGAAUGGCUCAUACCAUUACUACAGCGGGGGGUGCCACUUUUUUUACCUCCAUCACAACAGCAGGGGCAUUUGGAGCCAACAUGGCCUCACAGAUUCCAGCCAUUUAUGACUUUGGUUUAUUCAUGAUGCUUCUUGUAGUCUUCUGUUGGUUAAUGGUGGUUAUGAUAAUGCCGUCUGCUCUUAACAUCUGGUCCCAUGCUCUCAACUGUGAACUUUCUUUAAUGCAGAAAUUCAAGAACAGGAAGUCAGGCAGCCCAAGCCGUCAUCACGAUACCAGCCUCUAUCGAGUCCUGGCCCAGUAUGAGAACCAGAGUGAGACCAGGCUACCAGCCCUGGAACCAUGUCGUCAAGGAGUUAACGAGGUCCCAGAAAACCAUGUCCUCGAUGAUAGCGAUAUACCUUUGUUAGACCUUGAGGAUGAACCUGCAGAACAUGGCCUGUUGACCGAUGAUGAAGAUGACAUUCCUCUGCUGGAGAUAAUGUCCAUCCCUGCUCUAGUACCCCCUAGAGACACCAAAGAAUCAGCUAGUUUGACUGCUGCUCUUCAGAAGAUGCUUCAUACAUUCAUAGCCAAACCUGUUAUGAAAGCUAGAUGGGUUUUUAUUGGGAUAUUCUGCAUCAUAUUUUGUGUCACCAUCGUCCUUGUAUCCCGCAUCAAGCCCGCGAGUCGUCCUCCAGCGCUCUACCAACCCAACACCAACCUCCAACGACUUCUUGAUCUCGCCUACAACUUCAGCGGCAAGGACAUCCGCUGUACCGACUGCUCAGGCUUCGACCAGGGGGAUUUGCACCCUGUUAUACCAAUCCCCGAUGUGCCGGUGGAAGUCCCGGGGAUGCUGAGUCCAAAUCCAGUCUUGCCCACCCAUCGGCCAGAGACCACCCUUUGGCCUCCAUCAGAGCCCCCAAUGAUACCGACGGAUGCUGGGGGUGGUGGUGAUGGAGGAGUAGGAGGAGAUGGGGGUGGAGGUGGAGGAGGUACUGUCGUCACCAUUCUGGGACCCCCAGGGCACCAGACUCCUCUUACUACUACCAGUUAUUCUGGGAACUCUCCUACUCCACCACCUAAAAGACAGACAUGCAAGGAUGUUGACUUGGUUUGCAAGUAUGGCUCCGUUUGCCAGGAGUCUAAUGAAUCACAAGGUAGACCUCGCUGCAUCUGUAAGACAGAUUGCAACCAGAUGAAGAUCGAUCCUGUUUGCGGGUCGGACAGGGAGACGUAUGCCAGCGAAUGUCAGAUGCGCUCUUAUGGGUGCAUGGAUAAGCGUAAAGUGACCGUUGUCAAGAAGGGAGUCUGUGAUGGUCCACCAAUCAUCCCUCCAACUACCGAGCCUCAUGGUAGGGGUGAUGUUGACCCCUCCUCUCCAGGCAAAGGCUACGACCCCUGCGCCAACAACGUCAAGUGUGGCAAUGCAGCUAGCAGGCCAGUGCUCGAUGACACAGCUAUGGUUUUUCUGGUGUUUGGAAUCAAGGGUAUCAACAAGACAAAUGUUUCUACACACCAUGUACUGAAUGAAGACAAGGGUACUGUCAUUUAUGACCUGGACUUCACGCCUCUCCGCUCUCGGACUGUGGGGGCGCUGUGUAAGAUCUGCAAGCUCAUCGGUAACAACCAAGACCUAGUCCGCAAUGGCGGGGCGGAGUGCUUCCCGACCCAGUACUUAACCACACUUCAGAUCUAUGGGCUAAGGCUUCCUGACGAAUGUAACGACAUCCCACGACCUAAGCUCAUCGCAGGUCAAAGGUCACAUGCAAAAGUUCACAUGAUUGGUCAGGAGCUUGUCUGGUUCGCCAUGGCUUUUGAGUCGAAAAUCUUUGAGGGGAAGUCGAGCUUUGAAGCCUACAAGGAUUAUAAUGCAUGGGAAAAGGCCAUAGUCAAAAUGAAGGCAAACUUGACAGAGGAGGAGAGAGUUGGUUUAAUGUCAGUUUUCCAAACAUGUGAUUACUGGGAACAAGUCUUCAUGGAGAUUAUUGGUGUUACCAGUGCUAUAUAUGGAGUAGCAUUCUCUCUCAUUGUCUGUGUGAUUGCUGUGGCUCUCUUCACUGCUCAUAUCACAAUCUUACUCAUAGCAUUCUUAACAAUUGCUGGUGUGAUCUUGGUGGUUGUGAGCAUGUUCUAUCUGUUAGGAUGGCAGAUGGGUGCAGUAGAAGCUGUAUCUCUCUCAAUCCUCGUUGGUUCAUCCAUCGACUACUGCAUCCAUCUUGUGGAGGGUUAUCGGGUUGCUGGUUGUCAGGUCAAGAUGGAUUCCGGAAAGAGCGCAAGACAAAUCCGUCAACAGCGGACCAUCCACUCCAUCAGCACCAUCGGUGUUUCAAUUUUGUCUAGCGCCCUCACCACCAUCAUCGCUGCCAUCCCACUAUGCUUCACAACCAUCCAGCUCUUUGCCAAGUUCGGUCAAAUCGUGGCCCUCAACACCCUUGUGUCCAUCAUAUACACCCUGACGUCCUGCACGGCUUUUCUUGGCUGCUUUGCUCCAGCGCGCUACAAGUGGAAUUUGCGCGGGUUGCUGCUGACGUUGGUUAUUGUCGGACUGGUGCUUGGGGCAGGUGUGGUGGCGCUCUUCGUCAUGCAUCAUCAUGGCAUCACGAUACCUGGACCGUCAGGAGACACCCUAUUUGGAUGAUGAUGUCUUCGUACAAUGUGGUAUUCCUUUUGAACAUUGUGCAACAAGUUUGUGUGAUAUAAAUGCUUCCAUCCUAAAAAGUUAAAGUUAGGCAAAACUAGGCUUUAAAAUGUAGGCUACUCGAAAUGAACAAUUGAAUUAUUUUUUCAAACUAUAUACACGUAUGGUUUGCAACAAUGGAAAUGGGUAAUGAAAGGUAAUAAUGAAUAUUAUGUAUAGAUGACAAUGCUAUGCUGCUAAAGAGGCUUUAAAGUGUCUUGUUUAGAUAUGGUAUGGUAAACUGCUGCAAAAAACCCACAUCAGUUAUUUUUUAACGUAAAAUGAAUAGCAUCUGCGUGCAAAAAGGGACUUGCAUGCAUGUAUUCACUGAGCUCUGUGAUAUCAGAUUCAGAAAGGGACUUGCGUGCAUGUAUUCACCGAGCUCUGUGAUAUCAGAUUCAAAAAGGGACUUGCAUGCAUGUAUUCACUGAGCUCUGUGAUAUCAGAUUCAGAAAGGGACUUGCAUGCAUGUAUUCACUGAGCUCUGUGAUAUCAGAUUCAGAAAGGGACUUGCAUGCAUGUAUUCACUGAGCUCUGUGAUAUCAGAUUCAGAAAGGGACUUGCAUGCAUGUAUUCACUGAGCUCUGUGAUAUCAGAUUCAGAAAGGGACUUGCAUGCAUGUAUUCACUGAGCUCUGUGAUAUAAGAUUCAGAAAGGGACUUGCAUGCAUGUAUUCACUGAGCUCUGUGAUAUCAGAUUCAGAAAGGGACUUGCAUGCAUGUAUUCACUGAGCUCUGUGAUAUAAGAUUCAGAAAGGGACUUGCAUGCAUGUAUUCACUGAGCUCUGUGAUAUAAGAUUCAAAAAGGGACUUGCAUGCAUGUAUUCACUGAGCUCUGUGAUAUAAGAUU